UCUGAGGUCUGUUACAAUUGUAUUUGUAUUCCAUGUGAACACCCACCCACUCACACACAGUACAAUAACAUUGCAGUAGGUCAGCCACAGUAGCAGCUGCAGUGCAUUUUUUUUUAUCAGUCAUUGUCAGGACCAGCCAACCAGUCAGUACACUGAGCGAAAAGUAGGCUACUCUUGUGCUUUUUGGAGUGGCAUCUGAUCCUGCCUUCAUCAUAACCAAAGCCCCUCUCUAACGUGCCAGAGGAAAUGUCAGACCCAACAGAGGAACUCACCAACAAGCCCUUCACGGCCCAGUUGUCUAAUGUUUACCUUAGCAUCUUGGCACUGUUCUGCUUCAAGCUCUUCGUUAAGAUUUCUCUCAACUUGCUGACAUACUUCUACAUUAUCCGUGGGAACCGUAAAGAGGCUGCCAGGAUAUCAGCAGAGUUUUAUGAUUAUGGCCAACAACACGGAUCCUGGGCAGACCGCUCACCCCUCCAUGAUGCUGCCUGUCAGGGCCGCCUCCUGGCCCUGAGGACCCUCAUUUUACAGGGUCACAAUGUGAAUGUUCUGACUAUAGACCAUGUGACACCGCUUCAUGAGGCCUGUCUUGGAGACCACGGUGCCUGUGCCAGAGCGCUCAUUGAUGCAGGAGCAAAUGUCAAUGCCUCUACAAUUGAUGGAGUCACCCCACUGUUCAACGCCUGUACAGUGGGCAGUGUGGCAUGCACUGAAAUUCUUUUGGAAAAUGGAGCAAAACCCCAGAGCCUCAUGUUCCAUCCUUCACCAAUCCAUGAGGCGACCAGUAAAGGUCAUUAUGGUUGUGUGGAGGCUCUGGUGACCUGGGGGGCAGAUGUGGACAUGGACAUUCCUCACCUGGGCACAGCGCUCUAUACAGCCUGCAUCUGCCAAGAGCUGGAAUGUGCCAGGAAACUCCUGAGGGAAGGUGCUGAUGUACAAAAAGGCAGAUCUCUGGAUUCGCCCUUACAUGCAGCUGCAGAAAAAGACUGCACAGCAAUAGUGAAGCUGUUGCUGGACUUUGGUGCAGACAUUAACGCCAGGAACACAGAGUUUCAGAGGCCGGUAGAUGUGGCUCCACCUAGCAGUCUAACAGAGGGCUUCCUACUGCUGUAUGAAGCUACACCGCGACUGCUGAGCCCGCUGUGUCGUCAGUGCAUCAGAAACUGCGUUGGCCGUGACAGACUCCAUCUCCUUUCCCACCUUCCCCUGCCCAACAGGCUCAGGAGCUACCUGCAAUACCAGUGAUAGGCAGAACAACUAGAUUUGUCUGCCUACUAUAAAUGGGACAUAAGCUUUUUUGACUCAAACAGAACAUUGUCUUCAUUAAAUCAUCUUGGCUUUAUCUGUCAGUCAGAGUAGCACAAGCAAUUAAUUGAAAUUAGUCACAGAACAGCCACUGAGUAGUUGUUUACUAUGUGUGAAUGUGGACCUGAAUGAAUGUACUGUAAAGCAGUGGGUUGGUAAAAAUGGCUAAAGAGUUAGCCUUUUCCGAAUAAAUUAUGGUUAAAACAAUAAAGAAAUCAUUAUUUGUGAUUCAGAUUUGAAGUAUUCAGAGGAUGCCUUAGUAGUU